CGGCUAAUAAACUUAUCACGGAUGAAACGGGAUAUUUAGUGUACAAUCGUGAUAUUUUAGAAUAUAUUUUCACAAAAAAAUGAUAUAUCUUUAUCAAUGUUUACAUCAUUUAAACGAUAACGUAAAUAACAUUUCAUAUAUAAACGAACUUCAAUAUUAUAUGUUAUGAUUUCGUUCAAGACAUUCUGCUGAUUGUUUUUGUAAAAUAAUAAACCAAUAUACUGAUUUACAAUAACAUUAGCGAGAAACAAUGUUUCACUUUUCGGGAUUAACUUUCAUUCUAACGUAUUUCUUCAUUACUUCGAGCGUUUUUGGAUCUCUUGAAGACGAACCCCAGUGCCUCUCAAGAUUUGACUAUGAAUUUAAAGUUGUUCAAAAACUAGCGGACCUGGAAAAUAAACUGAAAGAGCAACAACAGACGAUAGAAAACCUCCAACACAAGUGUACUGGUGAUGUUUUGUCUGAGAAACAGGUUGCUUUCUCUGCAUACCUUACGGGCGACAUGACUUCUGUUCCAAGCCAUCGCAUUAUCAUCUUCAAUGAAGUCCAAACCAAUGUCGGUGAUGCUUAUAACGGCAAAACUGGAAUAUUUGUUUGUAGAAUUCCUGGAGUUUAUGUCUUUUACUGGGUAACAACCAAUAAAAAUAGAAAUUACAUGGAUUCGGAGCUAGUAGUUAAUGGUAAUGAGCGUAGCCACGCUUUCUCAGAUUCUGGAGAUCAUGAUGAUUACUCUGUGGCAUCAAAUGUCGUUACCACGGAGCUGAGGUUUGGGGAUCAGGUUUGGAUACGCAGUGGCACCUGGCACAAUGGCAACUUGGCUGGUGAACGCAGAACGUCCUUCUCUGGCUGGAUUUUGUACAUGCGUUAAGUGUUAGCUCCAUAUCACGGUACAAGAAUUUUGAACAUCACCAAAUGAUAGAACGAAAGAGUCUUUAUGCAUAAAGAUUCAUCAGAACAUAAAACAAGUAAACCAUUCUAUGAAACAAUUGACAAUUGACUGGUCUAUAUAUUCUUAAAUUUGGAAAAGGAUCGAAUUAAGGGGGUACACUUUAACAUACUGAAACACCAUUACAAGCACAGCGUUUUCAAAGAACUCUUACAUAAUAUGUUUUGAUGCACUUGUAAUAAUGUCCCAAUGCUGAAAGCUCACGUAUCUAGAUUAAUUAUCGUUAACAGCAAGUUUUGAAAAUGUUUAUCUGUUUUUUCUUAAAUGUCAUUUCUUUUUAAAGGGGGGAAAAUUGAGAAUAAUCUAAGUACUCAAUAGUACGGAACAGGAUGGGACAUUAUGAUAAAACAUGUAUUUGGACAGGUAAAUUAGUGGUUAAAUGUUGUUCCUUUACCAACAACUGUGAGAAGUUUAUCUUAUGAUUUAUAUUUUCGUUUUGUGCAUUAAUGAAAAGUCAGUAGAUUUAUUUCUUUACAAUAUUUUUACAUUUCAUUGCAAAUGAGAUUCUGUCAUAAAAUGCAUAUGGUGGAUUAGUACAAGCCAUGAUGAAGCCUUCCUGGAGUCCUUUUCCGGCAAUGUAUGUUUCCGUCAGCGGAAUUGGAAAAAUUCUUAUUAGCAUUCUAAUUUAGAACUGCAGCUGUUUUGUCACUUGUGGGUGUGGUGUAUUGGUUUGUGUUCGCAGAGAUGCACAUAACUUAUUUUUAGAAACUCACAAGACACAACAUUGACAUACCGGUAAGGCAGUUCUGCACAUUCGGUAAAAAAAUACAAUGUAGAAUUUGUUUCUAAGCCUGAUUUUUCAUAACUUCAGAAUAUACUUAGAAAAUUCGGCAAAUAAAAAAAGAUAAUGUCUUAUGCUCGAUUUUGUCCUUCACUACUUUGAAAAAAUGACUUCACAUAAAUUUUCAUUAUUGGAGUCUAUCGGAAAAUCACAAUCUUGAUAACAUUUUCAGGAACUUUUGUUCAAAAACGUAGAUUUUAAUGAAACUUUCUCAUGAUUGUAUAUAAGCAAAUGGCAAAUAAUAUGGUGAAAUAAAAUGAAUAGGUCCGUCUUCUUGUUUUUGCGAUAUUUACUCACGAUUGAAGAGAUCCAUGCUUUUGAAGUUGAGUUUUGGUAUUAAUUAAUGGUACAGAUUAUUUUAUAUCCUAUUUUAACUUUGGAAAGAUAGUAACGUUGCCGUUGAAAUAAAUUUACUCACCUGUUGCUAUCAAUUCAUAAAAUAAUUUUCCUUUUCGUACGCCGACUCCAGGCGGUUUUUUCGCUUUCGAGAUAAAUGACGUUACGCCAUUACUUCCGGUUUGUCAAACGUGCAGUACUACCUUAAUGCAGAAUAAAGUGCAUAAUAUUCUAAAGCAAAUGUCAACAUAAGGAUGUAGGAGCGAAUUUUUUCUAACGUUAAGAAUUUUUUCAUACUCUGUGAGCUUGAAGAACAUUAGUUUCUAAGACAAACAAGAGAAGAAAAAACACAGGUCACCGAACUCGUUUAAUUUUUAUAGGGCAUUUUCUUCACCCAUUGUUUAAGCAUUUCUGAAAUUUUGUAAAAUUGAAAAAAUGGUGGUACUUAAUAAAACAUAUAAUAUCCUAUUUAAUGUUAUAGGGAUUGCAUGUCUUACAGGUUAAUAUGAAUAAAAGGUGAUGUCAGUAUUAUAUAAGCAUAAAUGUCACUUACAAAUCUCUUUUUUUGAUCAUUUUUAUUGGCGCCUGUUUUAUGUAACAAGUUGUAGAAUUUUUUUUUUCGAAAACAAUACCAAACUUGUAGAUGUUGUCGAUCUUUCCACAAUAUUUUUUGUACGACGCUUCAGACCAUCCGCAGAAUCGGUUUUUAUCCGCCAUCGGUCGUAUUUGAAUUAAAUCUUGAAGUACUUUAUAAUAAAAUCAAGAAAUAACAUAUGAUUGAUGCAAAAGUUCAUGUUGAAGGAGGUUUAAGUCUGCCUUACUUGGUUUCUACACGACGAUUUUCACACGCCGAUUGAAAAUUUUCAAAAUGGCGGCGGUAAUAUAACAGCGCGUCACGUGUUUAAAUGGGACGAUCUGCUAUUUUUAGAUAUUUUGCGACGGUAUAAAUUAUAAUCGUUUUGAUUUUUUGUAUCAUUUUGAAGCUAAAACACUGAAUUAGUUAAAUCUGUUCAUGAUUAUACUGAAAGAAUCGUGAAAUAAAACGCUAGGAUCGGUGGGUUUUGCUUGGUAGGAUCGGGUUACCCGAAACAAACAUUUUUUGGCCUUAUUACAUACGAUGAUCCACGCUUUAAACAAAUGAAUACGUUGUGUAUAUGCCAAUCACUUAAUAAGAAUUUAAAGCUUCCAUUAAAACAAACCGAAUAUUCGAAUAUAUUCGAAUAUGGCAAACCGAAUAUUCAAAUAUUGAUUUCAGUAUUCGUUCCCAUCCCUAAUUUUUACAUGUUGACAUAAUUACCCAACCCACUUUAUUUUCAAAGGAAAAAUGUAUUUAGAUCUACAAAAUAAAUUCUGACGGUAAGAUUUUCAAAAUAUUUUGCCGCUUUAAUCACACACAAAAAUGCUUCAAAACGGAAAGAAAAAAGGUUGGUAUCAACGUGCAUCUAAGAGAUUUAUUAAGAAAAAUCUGUUAAAAACUGGUGAAUUUUGAUAGUUUUGUUCUUUUUGUUUUAAUCUAUAUUUUCUAGAUAUAAUAAAGUGCUAUCUUGAAAACUUUUAUUUCAGUUAUUGCUUAUCGUUAUAUGUAUCAGUCAGGAAAAUAUCAAAACCAAAAAUGAUCUACUUUCAUAGAUAUUUGAAAUUACCUACCCUUAUCCCAUUGUAAAUUUUACAUUUUACGUCAAUUGUAGGCAAAUGCCAGCCAAAAAUAAGGGUGAAAUUUUUUUUCACAACAAGUAGAAUCUAUUUGGUUAAAUGGUACAUUAUUAGUCAUAUUUUGAUUAUUUAGCGUUAAUUUUUGGCAAAACUUUUGUUAGAAAGCAAUAUUCGAAGAAACAUUUUUCAAAAUGGCGAAUAUCCUGAAAAAAAAAACGCUCGUACAUCCUUGAUCUGUGGCAUUUAGAUGUAGUCGUAUUAAUACCUAACGAUAUAAAUACCUUAUUAACAUCAACAACACAUAUAAAAAUAAAAUAUUUGAAUCUUAUACAAGAUCAAAUAGGAAUUAAAGACAAUACAACUGACAUUUUAGGGUCAACGUCACAUAAUAGAAAUUGUAACAUUACAAUCAGCACUCAAUGGCCAAGACCCUUCUAACAGGAAAUUUUAUCAAACUGUUUAAUUUUACUGGCAAUAUUGGAUAUUGUGAAAAUUAAAUAGAUGGGUAAAUUUAGACCGGAGAUCAAUUAUGUAAAAUAAUCUGGACUGAUUAUGGAAAUACGUUAAGACAUGUUAAAGCAAACAAAUCGCAAUUAAGAAGAUAAACAUAGUCUAGAAAUCUGAACAUUGCUAUUAGCUAUAAUAUUAAAUAAUUUUCUAUACAGCCACGCAUUACAGAAUAUAAACUUCUUUUUUCUGUGACAACCCGUCUAUAAUACUUUUCCAUUUUGUUGUGGGCCUACUUUGCAAACGCGUGGUUCUGAGGCUGUGUUUGUGGUGCUCUGUCCUUCCGAGAAAUCUACCCUUACAUUUGAUCUAUUCUGGUAAUUUAGCUUAACUUUUGUAUAUGAUAUUUUCUAAAAGCAUGUAGUGAAUAUUUAGAGGACACAAAACCGUUAGAAUUGAGUCAAAAUUCCAGAGCGCGAUUGUAUUUUAUUGAAUAUGUAUUUCUAGAUCACGUUC